AUGAAUAAGCCACGAAGUGAUCACCGGCAGCUUCCAAAUCCAAUGAAUUCCAAAAAAGUAAUGACGUCACAUGAUGAUCAACAUGAUGCAAAUAAAAAAGUUAACAUUCGAAUUAGUGACACAACAGCUAUGAAUAUUCAUAAAGCCGCUGUAACACGUGAUUAUAUUAAGCAACCACGAUUGACAUAUAAAACCGUAGUCGGUGUCAAUGGUCCAUUGGUAAUUUUGGAUAAUGUUAAAUUUCCAAAAUUUGCUGAGAUCGUCAAUUUAACAUUGCCCGAUGGUACUGUACGUAGUGGACAAAUUCUUGAAGUAUCAGGAUCAAAAGCCGUCGUACAAGUAUUCGAAGGAACGGCAGGCAUUGAUGCUAAAUAUACAACAGUAGAAUUCACUGGUGACAUUUUACGUACACCAGUAUCAGAAGAUAUGCUUGGUCGAAUUUUUAAUGGUUCAGGAAAACCGAUUGAUCGUGGCCCAACCGUUUUAGCUGAAGAUUAUUUAGAUAUCAACGGCGAACCAAUUAAUCCAUUUUCACGUGAAUAUCCUGAGGAAAUGAUUCAAACAGGUAUAUCAGCUAUCGAUGUCAUGAAUAGUAUUGCUCGUGGUCAGAAAAUUCCAAUAUUUUCAGCAGCCGGUUUACCACAUAAUGAUAUUGCUGCACAAAUUUGUCGUCAAGCUGGUCUCGUCAAACAUGCAAAGGAUGCAGUUGAUGGUGACGAUAAUUUUGCUAUUGUUUUUGCAGCUAUGGGUGUUAACAUGGAAACUGCUCGUUUUUUCAAACAAGACUUCGAAGAGAACGGUUCUAUGGAAAAUGUUUGUUUGUUUUUAAAUUUAGCCAAUGAUCCAACAAUUGAACGUAUCAUUACGCCACGUAUUGCAUUGACUACAGCAGAAUUUCUUGCUUAUCAAUGCGAUAAGCAUGUGCUUGUUAUUUUAACUGAUAUGAGUUCGUAUGCUGAAGCUCUACGAGAAGUUUCAGCCGCUCGUGAAGAAGUACCUGGUCGUCGGGGUUUUCCUGGUUAUAUGUACACAGAUUUAGCAACCAUCUAUGAACGUGCUGGACGUGUCUCUGGUCGACAUGGCUCAAUAACACAAAUUCCAAUAUUAUCUAUGCCUAACGAUGAUAUUACACAUCCAAUUCCGGACUUAACAGGUUAUAUUACCGAAGGGCAAAUCUAUGUCGACCGUCAAUUACAUAAUCGGCAAAUUUAUCCACCAAUUAACGUCUUACCAUCAUUAUCACGUCUAAUGAAAUCGGCUAUUGGUGAAGGUAUGACAAGAAAAGAUCAUGCUGAUGUUUCGAAUCAAUUGUAUGCUAAUUAUGCUAUUGGAAAAGAUAUAGCAGCUAUGAAAGCUGUCGUUGGCGAAGAAGCCUUAUCAUCCGAAGAUUUACUUUAUUUAGAAUUUUUAGGCAAAUUUGAAAAGAAUUUUCUUACUCAGGGUGCCUACGAAAAUCGUAGUAUUGCAGAUUCAUUAGAUGUAUGUUGGCAAUUACUUCGAACAUUUCCACGUGAAAUGCUCAAACGUAUUCCACAUAAUAUUCUUCAAGAAUUUUAUCCACGUGAUGGAGGAAAGCAUAUACAACAAGCAACAACAACGGCUGAAUAA